AUGGCACCAACAAAGCAGGAGCUCUCCCUGCUAAUCACCCCUCUCGUGCCCGAGGCCGUCCAACACAACAACCGCGUCCUCUCCUCCCUCCACAGCCUAACCUCAUUCCUCCUCGGCCUCUCCGCCGGAAUCCUAGCCCUCCAAUCAACCUACGGCUUCGCCUUCUACUUCCUCGGCACGAUCCUGGUAUCAGGCCUCUUCCACGCGGCUCUGAUCCACCGCUCCGGCGGCUCAGGUGCCGGCUCUUUCUUCCCUGGUAGUAACACCGGUGAGGUCGAAGGUGUUUUGGAGAUGGAUAAGAAGAGCAAGGCUGUACGCAUGCAGCUUGGUGGGAAGGAUGGUCCGAAGAAGAUUCUUCGUAAGGGCGCUUGGAGGGAUGUUUGGUUCGGUGGUGGUGUUAUGAGUGAGGCGCUUAGUGGGUUUGUGCUUGGGUGGGCUGGUGUUGGGGGUGUUUUGAGGUGA